UAAGGACAAACUCAGCACAUGUUGAAGCUCCCAACCGUGGACCUCCUUAGCAAUCGAAGCUCCCGACGAACAUAUCAAGGUGGGCUGCGUGAUGAGGUCUUCGCGGUUCGCAGAUAUUGGAUAACCGUCUCUCACCAUGGAAACCUCAGGAAGAAGCGAGCCAGAAGCGUGCCCUAUUUGUUACGAACCUCUGCGACGAGAAGCAUAUCUUGAUCGUUGCUUUCAUGCAUUUUGCUAUCAUUGUAUUGUUCAGUGGUCAGAAUUUGUCAAAGAAAAAUACUGUCAAUCAGCACCUUCCGUGAAAUGUCCUCUUUGCAAGGUUGAAAACUUUUCCAUUGUUUAUAGUUUUGAUGGAGAAUCAUUUCGCCGAUUUUAUUUAAAUGGGGAUUGUCAAGAUAGCUUUUUUACAAGUGGCCAUGAGUUCAGAUUACAGUGCUACAGAAGCGAGCCUGGUAACAUAUUCAAUGUUCAACGAUAUUGGAAGCACCAUAGAUAUCGCCAGAAGAACAUUUGGCUUCCAAGUUGGUUGAGAAGGGAGAUCCAAACUCUCACUAAGGAAGAAGAUGUGGACAUUAUCUUUCAUCAUGUUCAUGGUGUGAUAGAAGCCUUUUUUAGAAGUAAUCAAGAAAAUACCAUUAAGCUUAAUCCUGAGAAGAGGCAGGAAAAUUUCAGAGCCCUGCUGGUUGAUGCUGCCAUGCCAUUUUUAGGUGGAAAAACAGAACGCUUUAUCAGUGAAUUGGAGCUUUUCUUGGCUUCAGCUCUGACCAUUGAAGCAUACGAUAGAGUUUAUAUGCAUCAUUUGGAGAAUUAUAGCUCCAUUGAAGUAAGCAGCCAAGAUCACAUAGUAGAUUCUGAUUAAGGUCAUUAGUUCUGUUUUGAGGGCCUCAAUAAAACUGGUUUGUUGAAAGAUGUUUUUGGAAUUGCAUUGGCUUCCAAUUGUAUGAUUGAGGUUAUCAUAAUUUUAUUCUUUAUGACAGUUUAUGUGUACAAAAUUAAAAAUUUUUCUCUGCAAUAAUUAAAGCAGAAGAUAAUUAUAGCUCAUUUCUCUGAUGAAA